GCAGCUUUGUUGCAAAUCGGGGCUCGCCGCGCGCGGGAAAAGUGGGAGGGGAAGAGGGGGGAAAAGCAACUGCCGGAGAAGGUCCCCAACGUUCCAUCCGCGCCGGGCGGCCACGUGGCGACUCUGCCCUUUUGCGGCCGCAGCGUCCACCGACUGGCUCUGCAGCGCUAUCGGUGCCCGGCCCGGACUUUGCUCGCCCCUUCUUUCUGCCGCCCUUCUCCUUUCCUGACCUCUCGGGGGUCCCGAAGGCAAGCUGGGAUCCGUCGCCGCCCGCUUCUCCUUCCAUGGAGAACUUCCAGAAAGUGGAGAAGAUCGGGGAGGGGACCUACGGCGUGGUCUAUAAGGCCAAGAACAAAGUCACGGGCGAGGUGGUGGCGCUGAAAAAGAUCCGCCUGGACACGGAGACGGAAGGGGUUCCAAGCACAGCUAUCAGGGAGAUCUCCCUACUCAAAGAACUGAACCACCCCAACAUUGUCAAAUUGCUGGAUGUGAUCCACACAGAGAACAAGCUCUACUUGGUCUUCGAAUUUCUGAAUCAGGACCUCAAGAAGUUCAUGGAUUCUUCAACUUCCAUCAGUGGUGUAGAGUUGCCCCUUAUCAAGAGCUACCUGUUCCAGCUUCUUCAAGGCCUCGCCUUCUGCCACUCGCAUCGUGUGCUCCAUCGUGACCUCAAACCACAGAACCUGCUGAUCAAUGCUGAGGGAGCAAUAAAACUGGCUGACUUUGGGCUUGCCCGAGCAUUUGGUGUUCCAGUGAGAACCUAUACCCAUGAGGUGGUGACCCUCUGGUAUCGGGCUCCAGAAAUUUUGCUUGGUUGCAAAUAUUACUCAACAGCUGUAGACAUCUGGAGCCUGGGUUGCAUCUUUGCAGAAAUGAUUACCCGAAGAGCUCUUUUCCCAGGUGACUCCGAAAUUGACCAGCUGUUCCGCAUCUUCCGCACGCUGGGCACCCCAGAUGAGACCGUGUGGCCCGGUGUCACGUCCAUGCCUGACUACAAACCCAGCUUUCCCAAGUGGGCCCGGCAGGACUUCAGUAAGGUGGUGCCACCCCUCGAUGAGGAGGGCAGGAAACUUCUGGCACAAAUGCUGUAUUACGACCCCAAUAAGAGGAUCUCCGCCAAGACUGCGCUCAGCCACCCUUUCUUCCGUGAUGUUACCAAAGCUGUGCCGCACCUUCGCUUGUGAGACAAGAUCGUGACCUGCUGUGGAUUCUGCAACAUGCCCUUUCUUAGGACCACACCAGUGGCUUGCACUUAACUCCCCAGCUUAGAGCUGCAUGGAGUACUAGAGGUCCCAUUUGCCGUAGCCUUGACCUUUUCAGAGUUUUACACCUGGAUCCUUUUACACUACUAGCUGAGGUUGGUGCUCCCAGCUCAUCUUGCGUGAGGCGAGAAAAGACUCCAUAUCCAUCAACUGCAGUUACUCUGAUUGCUGAAGGGCUGACAGCUGUAUUCAUGAGGUCUUUUUAUUCCCUGGGAAUUCCAUCUCCUCUUUGGUGAUAACAGUGCCUUCUGUAUUGGGCAUAUCACAAAGCACCUCUUCGUUCCUGCUUCAUCUGGAUGGCGCAGAGCUGAGCUUCUAGUGGCAGUCAGCACCCUGAAACCUGUAUGAAAAGGAUCAACUUACCUUGGUUCCAGCAAGUGACUUUCUGAUUCAGGCAGCAGGCGUUGGGUUUUAAAUAUAGAAUGGGAGCCUCCCUUCCAGUUCAAGUCCUCAGUGAGAUUCAGGCACAACUGCCCCCUUGUUCAUGAGCAGGAAUUUUACUCUAGGGCUAAGGGCUUUUUUGGAGUGUUCGUUUUGCACCAAUGAUGGGAUGCCUCAGCAGUCUUCCUGGAGAUGGUAGCUUUUGAUGCUCACUGGUUGAGGCGUGGAAGAGAACCUCAGAAAAGACCUUGACCGCCAAAUUCGUCCUCUGGAGAUUAUCAGCUGGCUUUCUAACCGAGUCAAGUUGAUGCUUCAUGAAAUCCUUUUUGAUAAGCGCAACAAGUGCUUGAAAGAAAUUAUCCAUUUUGUUUACUAAGGAGAAUGGACAGAUUCCAUCAGCUUGCCAUCCACUUCUACUAGCUUGCUGACCAGUGUCUGGUUCUUGUGCUUGUCAAUCAGUUGGCAGAUCCUUCCUUGGACUUCUGGUUAAUAUUAAGUGAAGCAGCAGUAUUGGCUGCCAUAUUUUUCCAUUUCAUACUAGUUACAAAUCUAUCUGUUCACAGUUGGCCAUCUCAUAUUUUCUUUCUAUUUUUUCAGUAAAUAAUCAACCUCCUGGCCAGGGUAGGCCUACACAGGUGCUUUAGCUCCAAGCAAAAUAUUGCUCAAAUGUAGAUUUUUUUCCUUCUUUUUU